GAAAUGUUUCUUGUGGGUGGAGUGUGCCCUGUGUUUGGCCUCCGACCGGAGAGCCCCACAUCCACCCCGGCCGCACCAUAAUAUAGCAUGGUCACCUCCCCGUGUGAGGGAGCUGCGCCUGCUUGAUUGAUUGCCACAUUUUGCAUAUCCAGUUCCAGUGUCAUUUUGUACCUGAGGGCUGUGCUUGUGACAUGGACAUGGGGAUGGGAAUGGGGAUGGGGAUGGGCAUGGGGAGAGCCGGGAUGGACAGGGAUCAGAAGGAGGGGCUCAACCUGAGCCUGUCGCUCCAGAGGUCGCCGUCGUCGCCGCCGAGGUUUCAGGCGGUGUUCGCCUGCUGCUACUGCCCAAGGAAGUUCCGGAGCUCGCAGGCGCUCGGCGGCCACCAGAACGCGCACAAGCUGCAGCGCAACCUGGCCAGGCGCGGCCGGGAAGCCACCACGGCGCUGUCGCUGGCGGCUGCGCCCGGAGACCAGCAAGGUAAGGGUGCUGUUGUCGACGACGACGACGGCAUUCUGCUGCGCUCCGUGGAUCCAGAUGCCGGCGCCGCCGACGCGUGGAUGUAUCGUCACCGUCAGCACGUCGUCGUCGCAGGUGCUCCGGAAGCUGGAGCCUCGUCCGGUGCGGGGAGAGGCAACGAGGAGCUUGCCGAUGAGCUGAUUGACCUGUCCCUGAGGCUAUGAUCCAUCGAUGCAGGAGCAAUAUGAGCUAGCUAGCUUGCUAGCAGCCGUGUCCCAGGCUCACAGCACCCAGCUAGCAGCCAAUCCUCCCCUACAUUUGGUUCAUCUCUUAGCGUCAUUUCUUGUGUGCGUUUCGUUUCUGCAAUGAGUUAUCAGGUUAGUUAUUGUUGGCCGGCUUCUGGUUUGGGCUUGCCACUGUACUCCAUCUUCAGGUAUCCCCAAUGCAUGGAUUGUUAAGUAGUUUUUUUUUUAGAUGGAUUGUUAAGUAGUUACAUUUGCUGAUCCGGUAUGAAGUUUCUUUCGGUAAUCUACUACUGGUUUGCCUUGC